UAAACAAUCAAGGAUCACUAAAUCUUUUCUAAUAUAUAAACCAGAAAGAAAAUGCAACCCUUCAGACACGUAACAACACAAGCGCAUCGUAAUAUUACAUAUAUAAAUAAGAAGCAGCCAACAGAAACAGGGCAAAACAAUGGCUGAUCAGGUUGAGAGCACUAGUCCAGAGGCCAUGCCAAGAAUGAUAGACUUCAUGUCCUCAGUUCUCGAGCGAGUUGCCAAAUCCAACGACCUGAGCCGGCGGUUCGAGCCGACCCAGAGGCUGUCGGUUUUCCACAGCCUCACCACACCCACCAUUACAAUCCACAGCUACCUCCAGAGGAUCUUCAAGUACGCAGAUUGCAGCCCCUCUUGCUUCGUCGUUGCCUACGUCUACCUCGACCGCUUCACUCAGACGCAGCCAUUGUUGCCCAUCGAUUCCUUCAAUAUCCAUCGCUUGCUCAUCGCCAGCGUCUUGGUCUCUGCAAAGUUCAUGGAUGACAUAUAUUACAACAAUGCCUAUUAUGCUAGAGUUGGAGGGAUCAGCACAGCAGAGAUGAACCUUCUUGAGGUGGACUUGUUGUUUGGUUUGGGCUUCCAAUUGAAUGUCACACCUGCAACUUUUUACACCUACUGUUCUUAUCUUCAAAGAGAAAUGUUAUUGCAAUCUCCUCUGCAUGUAGCAGAAUCUCCUCUGAAUUUGGCCAGACGUCUAAAGCUUCAUUGCUCCUUCAAUGAAGAUGAAUCCGCCCAUCAAAAACAGCUUGCUGUUUAGUCCCUGUCUUUUUCUCUCUGUUUUGCAAAAAAAACAAAAAUCAGAAAAGGUUGGGAGAUGUGGGUUUAUGUAUCACUUAUGGUCUAUAUGGGCUUAAGCCCAUUUGACCUGAGCUUGGGUGUAUAGUUGAAAAGCGUAUAUGGUGUCAAAAGAAGUCGUCGAAGCUUUCUCGCUUGAGGCCAAUCAAACUCGUAAUGCGCUCAAGCUUUUGCUUUGCUGGUGCCCACAUAUUUCCUAUGUACUUUAGUUUCUCUUCUUUUUGGUACUCUCGAAACGGUGGUUUGUUGUGCA